AUGUCAAGAUCUAUUCAAGUUUUUGAUGAUAAAAUUCCAGUGGGUUCUGUAUCGUGCCAAGAGAAGGAAGCAAAGACAGUCGUUAACUCUGAGGAAGAGUUGACAAAUCUGGAGAUCGAUGAAAACCUGGAAAGGAACAUUAGAUCAGCUGUACCUACUUUUGAUUCUGUAUGUUCUAUGGCUAGUUUUCAUAUUCACGUCACAGAGGAGAUCCUGCAGAAGAGUGCUGAUAUUCUGUGCCAGACAGGAACAGUGACUUCGACAGACACCCAGGAGACAGUCCGGAUAAUUGCACUUCUUAAGACAGCGAGCAGACCCGAACGCCUCUACCAUCCCAUGCCCAUCAUUUUCCUGGCUAUCAAAGCUGCCCAUGUCAAGGGCGUCCGUCUUCUAUUGGAGUGUGCAGCUCGGUCUGUAUCCUUUCUUCACAGCAGCUGGGGUUUAUCUGGAGCAGAGGGUCCUGUGAGCCUCCUCCUGCAUGCCCUUGCGGAUCCUGACGUCAAAGCUCUGGAUGCAAAUGAAAUUCUGAGUUUAAUAGGUCUGAGUAAAAGACCCCAGGCUAAAUUCAGCGAAGCCCCUAUUGAACUUCCUCAGGAAGACGGGAAGACUCCACUACAUGUGGUUUGCCAAAGAGACAGCGAUCAUACAAAUGCUAGAGAUGUGGUGGCGCUUCUGCUUUCUCAUAACUCAACCCCCAACGAUGUGUGGAGUAGCCAUUCACCCCUAUCUCUGGCCAUCGCGAGCGGCAACGACCUUGCUGUGGAUGAAGUGUUUGGUUGAGGGUGUUAUCUUGAUGUUCUUAUCACUCGUCAUGUGGGCAGCGCUCUCUGUGCCCUUGCCAACAUCAUCUAUGACCGUGGGCCACAUCCACGCAAUCAAGUCAAGCUGGCAACGGUCGUUCCUCUUUCUCGUAUACCUCUCGGCAGCGUUUUCUCCACACUUGUUCCUUCCACAGUUCCGUGUCCCACUUCGCGAGGGUGUCACCGGGAACACCAUCUGGACAGCAGUCAGGCAGGCCAUUUUGUUCCGACGUAUGUCUUGCGUCUGUGUCUUACCCUCUUCCAGGCUCUUCGUUUUUCAGCUGUGAGGGAUGUCAAUGAUGGCCUUCUGGGCAGCAGUCCGAACCAGCGCAUGACCCACACCCUGCAUCAUGCCCUCAACAAGCAUGAGAGACAACCCUUUAACGCCCGCCGGCAGUUGCCAGGCCUCAUGGGAGAUCUGCUAAGACAGGCGGCGAUGAGAAUGGAGAAGGAACGGAGCCAAGAUGUACUCGGUGUCAGUCCCACAGAGAAGCUUCUAUAUCCUGGAUCAGGAGCGACAUCGAGUUUGCUGAGCUCUCCUGAGAAGAACAACAGGACUUCCUUUAAUAAACACAUCAGUCAGAGAGUGCAGAGCCUCGCUUUAGAAUGCGGCCGUUCUGAAGUCUUCUACUGUAGCAAGACCUGCAAAACCAAAGUGUGGGAUGAAUGCCACAGAGACAGGUGUGACCGUGCCAGUGGACAGUGGAAAAGCAGCAGAGAUAAAUGCACAUCUAUUGGAAUGGUUACACCUCCGUCCACCAAAGACGAUGCACAUCUAUUGGACCAUAUUCACCUAAAGGCAAGACCUUCCACCUCAGUGUGA